GCUUUGGUACACAGAAGAAAGCUUUAUCAGAAAAAAUAACAAAAUUGUCCAAUCGUGUAACAAGUGCCGAACUUCGGUCGCUUGUCGAUUUCUUCUUGGAUUUCCUAGAUUCUUAUGAUAGUUUCGACAAUGCUGAACCAUGCACUCAAAAAUGUUAUACAAAAAAAGGAAAGUUACUAAAACGUAAGCAUAAUUCAUAUUCUUUCGAACAAAAGAAACAAGUUGUCGCCUAUGCUAAAGAAAAUGGGAGAAAUAAAGCCGCGGCAGCCUUUAAGCUUGAUCCUAGUAUGGUUGGCCGUUGGAUUAAAGCAA